CGUCAUUAUAUAAGCUUUGGGUUGUAAGCACAGUCAUACCCAUAAGAAGAGAAGGCAACCAUGGUUCUCGGUGUGCUUCUGGGGCUUGUUCUCACUUGUCUGCUUCUCCUUUCACUAUGGAGGCCAAGUCCUCAGAGAAGAAAGCUUCCUCCUGGCCCCACACCUCUCCCAAUCAUUGGAAAUAUUCUUCAGAUGGACUUAAAGGACACCCGCAAAUCAUUGAGGAAUUUUUCAAAAAUCUAUGGCCCUGUGUUCACUCUGUACUUGGGCAGAAAGCCUGCUGUGGUGCUGCACGGGUAUGAAGCCGUGAAAGAAGCCUUGAUCGAUCACGGGGAGAAGUUUGCUGGCAGAGGAAGCUUCCCAGUGGUCAAUAAGAUUACCAAAGGCCUUGGGGUUGUUUUCAGCAGUGGGAGGAGAUGGAAAGAGAUGAGGCGCUUCUCACUCAUGACUCUGAGGAACUUUGGCAUGGGGAAGAAGAGCAUUGAGGAUCGUGUUCAAGAGGAGGCUCACUGUCUUGUGGAGGAGCUGAGAAAAACCAAUGGCUCACCCUGUGACCCCACCUUCAUCCUGGGCUGUGCUCCCUGCAAUGUCAUCUGCUCCAUUGUUUUCCAGAAUCGUUUUGAUUAUAAAGAUCAGGAAUUUCUUACCUUCAUGGAUAUCUUAAAUGAAGAUGUAGAGAUUCUGAGUUCCCCUUGGAUGCAGAUUUGCAAUAAUUUUCCUGCAAUCAUUGAUUAUCUACCAGGAAGACACAGAAAAUUAUUUAAAAAUCUUAAUUUUUCAAAACAUUAUUUUUUGGCAAAAAUAAUAGACCAUCAAGAAUCACUGGAUAUUAACAAUCCUCGUGACUUUAUUGAUUGUUUCCUGAUCAAAAUGGAGCAGGAAAAAGAUGACCCAAAGACAGAGUUUACUUGUGAAAACCUGAUCUUCUCAGCGUCUGACCUGUUUGCUGCUGGCACAGAGACAACAAGCACAACACUCAGGUACUCUUUACUGCUCCUGCUCAAGUACCCAGAAGUCACCGCUAAAGUUCAGGAAGAGAUUGCACGUGUGAUUGGUAGAAACAGGAGCCCCUGCAUGCAGGACAGGCGUCACAUGCCCUACACAGAUGCUGUGUUGCAUGAGAUCCAGAGAUACAUUGACCUCCUUCCCACCAACCUUCCCCAUGCAGUGACCUGUGACAUCAAAUUCAGAAAGUAUUUCAUUCCCAAGGGUACCACUGUUAUAACCUCACUGACAUCUGUGCUACAUGAUGACAAAGAAUUCCCUAACCCAGAGAGGUUUGAUCCUGGUCAUUUUCUGGAUGAGAAUGGCAAGUUUAAGAAAAGUGACUACUUUUUUCCAUUCUCAGCAGGAAAACGGAGUUGUGUGGGAGAGAGCCUGGCCCGAUUGGAGUUAUUUUUAUUCCUGACCAGCAUUUUACAGAACUUUAACCUGAAGUCUCCAGUUGACCCAAAAGACCUUGAUACCACCGCAGUUGCUAGUGGAUUUCUUUCUGUGCCCCCCAAGUUUCAGAUCUGUUUCAUUCCUAUCUAAAUGUAUUUCCCUCUAUAAGGCCCCUUUCUCCAAGGCACAGUUGGCCUCUUCUGUCAAGCAUGCCAUCUCAUAUUGUCUCAUUUCCUCAAGAGCCAGGGAAUGCCUAUCUUCUAUUUGGGGUAAUUUUCAGGGUCAUUGCACAAACGUGUGCAAUUCCCUAUGCUGUACAAUGAUUUAUCAAUUUAAGCAUUGUUAGUUCUUAUCUAAUGAUGAAUUAUUAAUAUAUUUUUACUGUAGAACUGUAUGACAGCCCAGUAACACCUAGG